AUGACGGACACACCUAAAGAGAAGGAUAUCGCGGCAUCGACCUCGCCUGCCCUCAGCGAUGUCGAAAUCGGCGAGAUCAAAGAUGUCAAGAAUGCAGAUGCCGCGCUGGACUUCCUUCGCCAUGAGGAAGGCAGCGUUCGAGAGAUGACACCUGAGGAUGAAAGAAAACUCCGCCGAAAGAUCGACUGGAUGAUUGUGCCGUUGAUGUGGUGCUGUUACUGUCUUCAGUACCUUGACAAGACGCUCAUCAACUACGCCAACGUUAUGGGUCUGAAAGAGGACACGAACAUGACGAAGGAUCAGUUCAGCAACCUGGCCCUUAUCUUCUAUGUUUCGUACCUAGCCUUCGAGUUCCCACAUGGAUAUGCGAUGCAGCGGCUUCCGACUGCGAAGUAUCUCGGGGCGAUGGUCUUUCUCUGGGGCGUCAUUGUGACAGUAACCAGUGCUUGCAAGAACUACGGCGCUCUCGUCACAACCAGAGUCCUCCUCGGCGUCUUCGAGUCAGCUGUCGCACCCUCCCUCAUCCUCAUCACUUCCAUGUGGUACAAACGCAACGAGCAACCACCACGAGUCGGCUUCUGGUAUCUCGGCACAGGCACCGGAACCAUCUUCGGCAGCCUCAUCUCCUUCGGCUUCCAGCACGUCACCAACCGCACCUUCUACUCCUGGCAAAUCAUGUUCCUCACCGUCGGCCUCGUAACCUGCUGUGUCGGCAUCCUCGUCUUCUUCAUCCUGCCUGACAACCCGAUGAAAUCCCGCCUCUCGCAUGAAGAGAAAGUCUGGGCCAUUGAGCGUCUCCGAGAGAACCAGACGGGAAUCGAGAACAUCCACUUCAAACCGGCCCAAGUCGCUGAAUGCUUCAUGGACCCUCAAACCUGGCUCCUCGCAUUAAUCUGCACCUCCUCCUCCGUCCCCAACGGCGCCGUCUCCAGCUUUCAAGCAACCAUCAUCAAGAACUUCGGCUAUGACUCCAAACAAACCGCCCUCCUCUCCAUCCCCUCCGGCGGCGUCUCCAUCGUCGCGAUCCUCUGCUCAACCUACCUCGCAGGCAAGUACAACCAGCGCGGAGUCCAAGUCGUCGCCCUGCUCAUCCCAGGCAUCCUCGGCGGCGCCAUGAUGGCCUUCCUGCCGGACACCAACAAAGCCGGCAAGUUAAUAGGCAACUACCUCACCAACGUCAUCGGCGCCUCCCUCCCGCUGCUCUACUCCUGGGUCUCCGCAAACUACGCCGGCCACACGAAGAAAGUCACCAUGAACGCCAUCCUGCUCAUGGCCUUCUGCUUAGGCAACAUCAUCGGACCCCUGACGUUUCGAGGACAGGAUGCGCCUGGGUAUGUCCCCGCGAAGAUUACGAUUAUUGUGACUUGUGCGGCGGCGAUUGGGUUUACGGUUUUGUUGUGGUUUUAUUAUACGGCGGUUAAUCGGAGGAGAGAUCGGUUUGUGCGGGAGGGAGGCGGGGAGAGGGGGAGGGAUAUUGCGUUUGCUGAUGUGACGGAUUUGAAGAAUAAGGGGUUUAGGUAUAGGCUUUGA